AUGUUUACUGCUUUUAGUACUUAUGGAAAUCCUUUAGUAAAGAACAGAGGGAAGAAUGAUGAAUUGCAGUUAAGGGUGCUGUUCACCCUCGUUUAUUCCUCUGGUUUUCUGUGCAUCCUUAAAAGUCAAGAGCCCAAAACUCCCGAUGUCAUGGAUCUGGCCUUCAAAAAUAUUGACUUUGCCAUGAACCUCUAUUGCAAGAUAUCAAGCUAUCAUGACAAAAACUUAAUCUUCUCGCCACUGAGUGUUUCCAUGUCUUUCGCCAUGCUCUUACUGGCCGCCAAGGGCUCGACACACAGUCAGAUCGAGAAGGGACUGAAUCUGGACUCUCUGGACGGGACUGGAGAUGCCACGCUCAUCCCACAGCUCUUUGAGCAGCUGCAGAAGAACAUCACGCAGAACAUAAAACUGCACAUGGAGCAGGGCACGGCACUCUUCGUAGACGAGCACUUCAACGCAAAGAGAGCCUUCAGUGAUCAGAUCAAGACGUUCUUCGGUGCUGAUGUGAACAAUGUGGAUUUCAACAAGACAGAACUCGGCAAGAGCACCCACCAUCAACGAGUAUUUGAGCAGAAAGACAGGUGGAAAAGUUGAAACUAAAUGGUGCCGAGCAUCAAGCCGCUGACGCAGAUGAUUCUCCUCAACACCAUUUUCUUUCAGGGUGAGUUUCUAUUAGGCCUGGGAAAAUAAAUCCAUGCAUCGCGAAACGAGAAAUGAUUCAGCAUCGAUUCUGAGAUUUUCCGAAUGCAUGGCAAUUCUUUCUUGAGUUGAUUCUGAGCUUAGUUGUGAACAGCAGAUGGCACUGCAUGCUUUAAAAACAGAUGUACUCUGCUUGUUUCCAAAUCCUUACACACACUUCAACCUAAAAUAAUCA